AUGAAAUUAGGAUUUCAAAUAAACAGUAUUUUUAAAAAAAAAAAAAAUGGUUUGAAUAUUUUUACUUUACCUUAUAAUAAUAUUAGUAUUUUAAAAAAUGACACCAAUAAAAAAUUUUUUCAUAGAGAAAAAGCGGAAUUUUCAUUAAGUGAAAUUGAUGAUGAUAUUAACAGGAACAAAAUAAAAAAAAAGCAACAGCAAAAAGACUGUUUUUUUUUUUUUAAUGACCAAUUAUUUUAUAAAAAUAUAAUUAGUAAAUUAUCAAAUAAACAAAUAUACCCUAAACAUAUUUCUCAUGAUUUUUUUCAUCAUUUAAACAAGUUUCACCUAAAUUUUUUAAAUAAUUAUUUUAAUGAAUUUUUUUUUAAAUUUACCAAGACAUCUAAAAUAUUUUUUGGUGUAUUAUCAAGUUUUUGUGUAUUAUUAUGUUUUUUUUUAAUUACGUCAUCCAAUUACUUAGAAUAUAAUAUAAUAUUGAAAUAUCAUAUAAAGUUUAAUUCAUUACUUUUUUCUUUUUUUUCAUCCUAUUACUUAGCUUUACAAGUUGGCUCGUAUUACUUUAAAAAUAUUUCUCAAUAUUUUAAUUCUUUUAUUUUUUUACUUAGUUCUAUUUUAUCUAUUUUUAUAGCAGAUUAUGACAUAUGGACAUCUUAUUAUUUUUUAAGUGUAAAUUAUUUAUUUUUUCUAGUUGUUAAUUACUAUAAUUUGUAUUUAAAGAAGUUUCCUAAUUACAUUUUUAAGAAUGUAAAUAGAAUAAUUUAUUUUUCCCUUUUAUCAAAUUAUCUUGCAAUUAACAAAGGAAAAUAUAUUGAAAAAAAUAUCGAAUUAUUAAAAAAUGAAAAUAGUGAUAUAUCCUUCUAUAAAUUAUUGAAAAUAAAACCAUAUUUUUUAUGA